AUGAACCUCUCCUUAGCUUCACCUCCUCCUUCGCAAUGGGAUGCGCUCCUCCGCCGUCUCGACCCCACAUCCGCUGAUCUCAUAGCAACAGCGUUCUACCACAUGCUCAACGAAUCCGAAGCCACGCCUCCCAUCUCCCUCCUCGCCUUCACCCUCCUCUUCGCCCACACGUUCGCGCUCGCGAGAGCACAGCCGCCGCCCCAGCUCCAGCUCCGCCAUGCUUCUCGCGCUCCGCCUCCGCUCCCGGUCGCGACCCCGUUCUCGGCGCCCCACAACCGCGUCCUGGUCCUCCGAAACUCCGUGCGGAGCAGGGCGACGGUGGUGGUCUCGCCGGCGAGUGACGCGAGUAGCGCGUACCCCGAGAUCGGUCCGGAGGCGUAUUGCGGGUUCCCUGCUAUCAACUGGGGCGCUGUGCGUGUCUACGAGCUACCAGAUGCCGGAGAGAUCGGUGUCCCAGAAGACGAUGGCGCGAGGCGUGAGCGACAGGGCGAUGGGAUCAGGAGGGAGCGUGUUGGAGACGAGCUGGCUGCGAGGGGGGUGCAGGGCCGGCGUGGGCGCGAGAAUAGCGAUACCACGCUCCCGACGAGCGUGGCGGGGGGGAGCGCUGACGUGUCGCCGGCUAGCUCGCGGAGUAGUGUUUACCCGGAGAUUGAGAGGGGGGAGUACUGCGGCUUUGAAGCGCAAGAUGACGCUUCUAGAGAAGAGGAAGGGGACGAGGCUGCGGCAGACGGCGUCGAGGUUUGGCAUGAUAGCCGCGCGGAGGACGACCGUGGUGGCGACGCGGAGAGGGAUGGGGAGUCCCCGGCUCUGGGUGCGAGGCUCAGAGCGCUGUGUAUGGAUGGGGGUGGGCAGAAGAAGGAGGCUAUGAGGACUGUUGCGCUUGGGGGUGGGAAGGGGGGACGAGCUGGCAUUGAUGGGGCACUUGUGGAGGUUUCGGCGGACGAGAAUGAGGUUUUGUGGUCGCCAUGUGAGCGGAAGAUGGCGAAGUGGAUGGAUGGAGAUGGUUCGAGCUGUCGUAGUCCGACUGUGGGUAGGUUGGGAGCGAGGGGUGUGAGGAAGCCGCUGGCGGAGAUAUAUUAAAGGUACUGAUGGCAGCGGUGGUUGAGCUGUCCGAGCGGUUAGGAUGGUGAGCAUGCUUGCAACAUUCGGCGAAAGAAUAGCCAUAGGUCAGUAAGGUGAUCCGUAGAGGGCGAUCCUGAUACUGGAUUUACGAUUUACUAGAAAGGCUUUCCAUUGGCCUUCUUCUGGCCGCUCGAGUGGCAUUAUUAUAG